AUGUCACUGUUCACCUUCCGCUUUUGUCCCCCCUUUUUUUUUAAGAUUCGUCUCCUGAAAGAUAAUGAUUCAACCCUCAAACCCACUUUUAUUGUCAAACCGGACAGCGGAUCCCAGGGCGAUGGCAUCUACCUCAUCCGUGACCCUGCUGACCUUCGGGUCAUCUCAGGUUCUCAGAUCAAACAAGCAGUUGUUCAAGAAUACAUCCAGAAACCCCUGCUCAUCGAUAAACUGAAGUUUGAUAUCCGCCUGUAUGUUCUGGUCCGCUCCUUGGAGCCUCUAGAGAUCUACAUCGCUAAAGAGGGUCUGUCAAGGUUCUGCACAGAACCCUACCAAGAACCCAGCCAGAAGAACCUCAGUCAUGUUUUUAUGCACCUCACCAACUACUCCCUUAAUGUGCACAGCGGGAACUUUGUUCACUCCGACAGCUGCAGCACUGGCAGUAAACGCACUUUCUCUAGCGUUCUCUAUCGCCUGGCAUCUAAAGGAGUGGACAUCAAGAAGGUCUGGUCAGACAUUAUCGCUUUGGUUAUCAAGACCGUAAUUGCACUUGUGCCUGAACUGAAGGUGUAUUAUCAGGCAGAUAUUCCACUUGGAAAACCAGGACCGACAUGUUUUCAGAUCCUGGGCUUUGAUAUCCUGCUGAUGAAAAACUUGAAGCCUGUUUUAUUAGAGGUCAAUGCCAAUCCCAGCAUGAGGAUUGAACAUGAGCAGGAG